CCGCCUGUUGUCUGUCAUCUUUAUCAUCAUUUAGCACGAUAAGUUUGGAAGAUUUUGGCUUUCCCGCCUUUUAGUAUUUGUUACUACCACUACUAUUGGGAAAAAAUUCAUACCUUUUUCUCGUACCAAAAUUUUUAAAUGCUAUCAAUUAUUGCGAGAUGGUCGGCUCGCAAGGGCAAAAUCACCUCUGCUCUUAAUUCGACUGAACACUUAAAUGAUUCAUUCCCUUGUAUUAGACACAUUAUUAUUCAACUUCAUCACUAUCAUCAACACUCAUUUUCACAAAAUCCAACUCAACAUUACGCCUAUCUUCUCCAAUCUUGCAUCGCUCGGAAAGCAGUUGAGCCUGGAAAACAGCUCCACGCGCAUCUCUGCCUCACGGGUUUAGGCUACAACAUUAAUUUGGCAACGAAGUUGGUCAAUCUAUAUUGUGUUUGUGAUAAAUUGUCGAAUGCCCAUCACCUGUUUGAUAGAAUUCCUAAAGGAAAUAUUUUUCUUUGGAAUGUUUUGAUUCGUGGGUAUGCUUGGAAUGGACCUUACCAGGCUGCAAUUUCUUUGUAUUAUCAAAUGCUUGAUUAUGGGCUUGUUCCUGAUAAUUUUACCUUUCCGUUUGUGUUAAAAGCGUGCUCGGCCUUGACGGCGAUUGAUGUGGGGAGGGAUAUUCAUGAACACGCGAAAAGAACGAAGUGGCAUAAGGAUGUUUUCGUGGGUGCCUCCCUUAUCGACAUGUAUGCUAAGUGUGGUUGUGUUGGUAGGUCGAGGCUGGUGUUUGACAAUGUUGCGGAGAGGGAUGUAGUUGUUUGGAAUUCAAUGCUUGCUUCUUACUCACAAAAUGGUCACCCUGAGGAUUGUUUGUCUUUAUGUGGUGAAAUGGCAUGUGAAGGUGUUAGACCUACGGAGGCGACCUUAGUGACUGCUAUUUCUGCUUCUGCUGAUGUGGCGGCCCUUCGACAGGGAAGGGAGCUUCAUGGGUAUAGUUGGAGACAGGGUUUUGACUCUCUGGACAAAGUGAAGACAGCACUCGUGGAUAUGUAUGCCAAGAGUGGGUCCGUGAAUGUUGCUAGGAUCUUGUUCGAAGCACUCGAGGAGAAAAGAGUUGUUUCUUGGAAUGCAAUGAUCACAGGAUAUGCAAUGCAUGGUCAUGCUAAUGCAGCACUUAUUUUGUUUAAUCAGAUGGUUGGUAAGGCUCAGCCGGAUCAUAUAACUUUUGUUGGGGUUUUAUCUGCUUGUAACCAUGGAGGUUUGUUGAAUGAAGGGAGAAUGUAUUUUGAUUCAAUGGUAAAAGAUUACGGAAUUGAACCAACCAUUCAGCACAUUACAUGCAUGGUUGAUCUCUUAGGUCAUAGUGGUCGCUUAGAUGAGGCUUAUGGACUUAUGAUGCAGAUGAAAGUUAUGCCAGAUGCUGGUGUCUGGGGUGCAUUGCUUAAUUCGUGCAAAAUCCAUGGUCAUGUGGAGUUUGCAGAAUUGGCAUUGGAGAGGUUAAUUGAACUUGAGCCUGAUGACGCAGGAAAUUACGUGAUUCUGUCAAACAUUUAUGCCCAAGCAGGUAGAUGGGAAGGUGUUGCAAAGCUUAGAGAACUAAUGAAUGAAAGAGGUGUAAAGAAAACCAUCGCGUACAGUUGGAUUGAAGUUAAAAACAAAGUACAUGCAUUUCUCUCGGGGGAUACCUCUCAUCCUAUGUCUGAUGAGAUUUAUGCAGAGCUAGACAGCUUGAAAGCACGAAUGGUACAAGCUGGUUAUGUCCCAAACAUUACACCUGUUUUCCAUGAUGUGGAAGAUGACGAGAAGAGCAGAAUGGUC